AAAGAUCACAACAUGCCUCUCCUUAUAUAUUUAAUCACAUUUUAUGUUUUUUUUAUUAUUUUAUUCGUUAUAUAUAUAUAUAUAAUCUACACUCCCCUCUCUCCUUCAAUAUUACAUCGACAGAGGAUCAUCAUCCAUGGCAGGCACAGUCCAUGUCAAGGAGGCUGUAAUGGUCGUUCCAAGCGAGCCUACACCUACUCGGCUCCUCUCUCUCUCCGCCCUCGAUUCGCAGCUCUUUUUGCGUUUCACUGUCGAGUACCUUCUAGUCUACAGCUUUCGCCCUGGUUCGGACCCACAUGCCAUCACGGCUCGAGUCAAGGCUGCACUCGCUAAAUCCUUGGUCCUGUAUUAUCCGCUGGCCGGUCGAGUCAGGGCCAAGCCCGAUGGCUCGGGGCUUGAGGUUGUUUGUCGAGCCCAGGGUGCGCUGUUCAUCGACGCCACGUCGGAUGAGACGGUAAGUGAUUUCGAAAGGGCCCCACGUUAUGUUACAGAGUGGAGGAAACUAUUGUCUCUCGAUGUACCAGAUGUUCUCAAGGGGGCCCCACCUCUUGUUAUUCAGCUGACGUGGCUGAGAGACGGUGGUGCCACGUUAGGCGUUGGUGUAAAUCACGCCCUCUGUGACGGUAUUGGAAGCGCUGAGUUUCUCAACUCGUUGGCAGAGCUCGCGAUGGGUAAACUCGGCCGUGUUGGCCCGCCCGUUUGGGAUCGGCACCUUUUGGACUCGACAUUCACUCAGUGUAAUCGUAAAAAAUUCCUGAGUCAUCCCGAGUUCAAUCGAGUCCCGGACCAUUGUGGCUUUCUGAAUCGCUUCUCUAACGAAAGACUAACACCGACUUCCCUAAUAUUCGAUAAAAGAUUCCAAAAUGAGCUCAAGAAACUCGCUCUGUCAACGAGUCGACCCGCCGAGUCUUCCUACACCUGUUUUGAGGUUGUCUCCGCUCACGUAUGGAGGAACUGGGCCAGAUCUUUAAACCUGCCGCCUAAUCAAAUCCUGAAACUUCUCUUUAGCGUGAACAUCAGAAGCCGAGUGAAACCGAUUUUACCGAGUGGCUACAACGGGAACGCGUUCGUGCUCGGUUGUGCGGAGGCAAAUGUGAAAGAACUCACAGAGAACGGUCUAGGUCACGCGGCGAGUUUGGUGAAGAGAGCAAAAGAGAGAGUGGACAGCGAUUACGUGAAAUCGGUGGUUGAAUCGGUGAGUCAAUCGAAGGCGUGCCCCGACUCGGUUGGAGUGUUGAUAAUGUCACAAUGGUCAAGGCUGGGUUUAGAGAAUGUUGACAUCGGCGUAGGGAGACCAGUGCAUGUGGGACCCAUAUGUAGCGAUAAGUACUGUCUGAUUUUGCCAGUUCAAGAUCAGACGGCUGCCGUGAAGGUGAUGGUAGCACUGCCCGCAAGUGCCGCUGAUAAGUACGAAUACUUGGUGAAAAAGUCCACAUAAUUGAUGAAGGAGAAGAACCACUGGUUUUUUAUUUGGCUUAUUCGUUGACUUGAUUAUUAACCUUUUGACUUAUUUUUAGGGUGAAAGAUACGAAUUUUCAAUCUAACCUAUGCCCUUAAAAAUCUUUUUUGAGGAAUGUGUAGGACACGACCCUAAAUUUUAACAUCCUUUUACUGUUUGACUUGGUCAAAAUCAGAUGGCCUUCACUGCAUUGCCUAUUUUUCCAAAUAAACCUGCAUUGGCUAUUUAUCAACACUUUUGUCAUGAUUUAUUUCUCAUUCUAGGUUAAUUUUUUGUGAAUGUGGAACCUCUCAAAGAGACAUGAAAGGAAAAAUGGCUUGGAUAUGGGCUGCAUAA